AUGACGAUGAGGAGGCAGCGCCGGCUGCCCGGGCACGCGGGGAAUGUUUUGGCAGCUCCCAGGGAUGCUGCCCCUCACGCCGAGCCCUGGGCGCUGCGCAGUCCCGCGGGGGGAGAGGCUUAUCCCGCCGGGCUCCUGCGGGCAGCAGCGCCCCAGCCCCGCGGGGGGAUUAUCACCGCGGCCCCCCCUGCCCGCAGCCGGCCGGGGGGAGAUAAGGGACGCCCGAGGGGGGUAAAAACAACGCCGGGCGCGCAGGGCCGGAGCGGGGCGGGCAGGGCCGGGCCGGCGCCCCCCGGCCGCCAACGACCUUGGGGUGCGCGGGGACGGCGCGGCCCGACGCCCCCGCACGGGGCGGCCCCGGGGGACCCCACCCAUGACCGGCCUCCCCCCCCGCCGGCCCGGGCCGCCCCCCCCGCGGGGCCCACAGGGAGCCUUGGCCGGGCGCCACGACCCCACCCCUUCCCCCGGGCGGGCGGGCGCCGCAAUGGAGGCCGGGGGGAGGCGGGGGCGGGGGGCGCGGGGGGGAGGAGGGGGGGGCCCCGCCGCGCCCGUCCCCGGCCACCCCGCGCGGCGCCCGCCAUUGGGCCGGGCGGCGGCGGGCGGGGCGGGCGCGCGGGGCGGAGGGCGCGCCCCGAUUGGCCCCGCCCGCUGCCCAUCAACACGCCUCCCGCUCGCCGCGAGCGCGGGGGCCGCCGGGAAGCGCAGUCCGCUCGCCCACCGGCACCUGCGGCGCGGCGCCGCCGAGGGACUACAACUCCCGGCAACCCCCGCGACACGCUCCCCCCCACUCCUCCCCGCUCCCAACCCUUCCCCCCCCCCCUCCGCGACCCCCCCAGCACGGCCCGGCCAAGUACAACGUAUACGGAGGGGGGGCGGAGGGGGGGCAACCCCCACCCCCCCCCGCAACGGACCCAACCGACCCCUCCCCACCCCCCACUGCCCCCCACCACCCCCGGGGAGGGGGGGGAGGGUCAGGCCCGAACCACCCCCCCCCCCCCAUGCGCGACCCCCCCCCCAAUGCGCGCCCACCCCUCAGUUCCGUACCGGGCGGGGGCCGAGCGGUCCGGGCGAGCGGAGCGGGCCGCGCCGUGCCGAGGCGGGCGGGCCGGGCCGUGCGGGCGGGCGGAGCAGGCUCUGGCCGCCCCGCGGGAGCUGCUCGCCGAGGCCCGUAUGCGGCUCCUUCCUGCUCCGGCCGGGGCCGCCCCGCUCUUAAAGGGGCCGCGCGCCGCCCCCCCCGCCCGCCGCCCCCCCCGCGGGGCGCAGCCGCCUCCGGCCGGGGGGGGGCGCAGCGCGGGGGGGGCUCGGGGGGGGCGCGCGCGGGGCAGACCCCAGGGGGGACCCGCGGACCCCCCCCCAGCGCGGGACAGCGCGAGCGGGGACACGCGUGUCGCCUGCCCCUCUGCGUGA